AUGGACACGCUACGGUCGUCCGUAACCCGUGUGGAAAACGUUGGACAGUCGCUUAGGACAGGGUUGGGGAUAUGCAGAGCUGAGCCAGUUGGUGGCCGAGUCCAGCUUGCGACAAGCAAUGCCAUCCGGAAAGGAGAAGCCAACGAAGGCAGGGGAAAGAUUCGCUCUGUGUUGGACACUGCAAUUGAUUCUGACGAUGAGGCCAGCUCCUACGAUGCAAUUGUCCGGAAACAGGCUCAGGAGGAGGAGUCCCGCUUCUUCCGGCUUGGCCCCCCGCCUGGUGACGUUGCUGAGGUGGAGGCGUUCUGCCGCAUCUACCGCCUUGCAGAGCAACUGCACAUUUCAGUGAUGGAUGCGCUGCGGGAGCUGGAAGAUAUGCAGCAGGCAGCCUCUGUAGCGGGGCUUAGCGAGGCUGCAGCGUUUGGCUACUGGGUGAACAAGGGGCUGGAGAACGGGGGCAUCACGGUGGAGGGGGACGUGCCGGAGCAGGAGGAGAAAGUGGUGGCGGGGCUGGCGCUCAUUGGCAGCAUCCUCCAGCGCGGGCGCGAGCGCGUGCUUGGACGGCCCGGCAUCUGGGUGGCUGAGGAGAAGAAGCGUUCACAGGCGUUGCGGGACGUUCAGGCCGGAGAGGAGACGCCCCCCCUGGCGCAGCUGCGCGCCGAGGUCCGCAACGCGUGCAGCCUCUUGCAGGAGUCGCUUGAGGCGCUUCUGCCCGAGGACUGGUCCCAGACGGAGCUAGUGAAGCAACGCUUGGAGCGGGUGCGGAACGUGUGCCUGGACGCGGGGUUCCCCCGCUCGGAGGGUGCCCCCGCGCAUGCAGACAUCCCAAACUUUGCGGAGGUGCGGCUGCUGCCGGUGCGUCGGCAGGGCCGGGAAAUCAUCGACUUAGCGGAGGAUAGGGAGGCGGUUGUGUUCUGGCGGGGGGGCCAGCUGACGCAGCAGGGGCUGGAGUGGCUGCGGAAGAAGGGGUUCAGGGCGGUGGUAGAUCUGCGGGCGACAGAGUGGGGCCGGCAGUGGGCGCGGUGGGACAGUGCGGCGGGGGACAUCAAGCGGUACCACAUCCCCAUCCAGUUCGACGAGAUGCCCGACCACGAGCAGGUGACGCAGUUCGCCAGGAUUGUGGCCGACCCCGCGAACCAGCCCCUCUUUGUGUUCAGCACGGGGGGCACUGGGCGCACGUGCGCCAUCAUUGCCAAGUGGAGGGAGCUGGUGCAGAGUGCAGGCGGGGUCAAGGCUUUCGCGCCGUCGGCAGCAAAGGUGGGCGGGAACGGGAAGGCGGCAGCGGCCACGGUGGCAAGGGAAGAGCUGGACCGUGCAGAGAAGGUGAUUGAUGAACUGGAAGACGUGGCGCCCGUGUGCGACGGGUGUGAAGAGGAUGAGGAGGACGGGGUUCUAGCAACUCCGGCUGACGAGCCUGCUGCGACCGUCGGUGCUCUGGAGGACAGCUCGGGAGCAGAGGAGCAGACGACAACGGAACUGGAGGAGUCGGAGCCUAGCACUAGCGAAAGCCCUUCGUUUGAGGGCAUCAAGCGGCUCUGGCAGGGGCGGGAAUCCCCAUUCGCAUAUAACGCGUUUGAGGCGCAGCGGCCGACCUCCGACGUGCUGUCUCGGCCGGCAAUGCAGGAGUGGCUACGGCAGAACAAAGCUCGAGGGGUGAGCGCAUUUGAGGCGCAGAUGCGCGCAUACCGGCAACCCGUGCAGCCACUGAGCGAGGUCGCUCGCAAGAAAAGGGAAGAGGAAAGCAUAACUGGGGUGGCCGGUCGAUGGGGGCGCCAGCGGGGCGGGGGAAUCCCUCGCUCAGGCCCGUCGUUCGAUCCGAACACGGAGAGCCUUCCCACGCCAAGCACAAACCAGGGGGUAAAUGGAACCACUGAAGAACGGCUAGAAAGCAAAGACACGGUGCUCUCAGACGAGAGGGAUCGCAUGGGGGCAGCGGAAGCUGCUGCCAGAGAGGCAGCCAGUGAUUCGAAGCAAGCGGAGCAUGAGAGCAGCGUGCAGCAAAAUGACGGGGCGUCGCAAAACGGGUACGCAUACGAGGAGGACGAGGAGAUGAGCAUGGAGAUGUUCGGCGUGCACCAGGACGGCUCGGGCCUGUGGCGGGUGGACGAGAGCAGCCGCGGCGGGAACGGGCGUUCGGUAGCGUCCGACGGGGCUGCCGCGCCGGACGACGGCCGGGGGGACGGAAUGGCGGUGGAGCGGCCGGAGGAGAGCAGCAGCGACGAGGAGGGGGGGGGCUUCCAGGGGGACAUGUGCAGCAGCACGACGGGCGUGGUGCGGCUGCAGAGCCGGCGCAAGGCGGAGAUGUACCUCGUGCGCACGGACGGCUUCACGUGCACGCGCGAGAAGGUGCGCGAGAGCACGCUGGCCUUCACGCACCCCAGCACGCAGCAGCAGAUGCUCAUGUGGAAGACGCCGCCCAAGACGGUGAUGCUGCUCAAGAAGCUGGGGGAGGACCUCAUGAAGGAGACCGAGGAGGUGGCGCUGUGGCUGCACCACCAGGAGGGCAUGAACGUGGUGGUCGAGCCGGAGGUGCACGACAAGCUCGCGCGCACGCCCGGCUUCGGCUUCGUGGAGACGUACUACAACGCGGACAUGAGCCGCCUGCACGAGCGCGUCGACUUCGUGGUGUGCCUGGGCGGGGACGGCGUCAUCCUGCACGUCAGCAACCUGUUCACCGAGGCCGUGCCGCCCGUCGUGUCAUUCAACCUGGGCUCCCUUGGCUUCCUCACCACCCACCAGUAUGAGGAGUACCGCGCGGACCUGCUGGCGCUGAUCCACGGCAACAGCAGCAUGGAGGGCGUGUACAUCACGCUGCGCAUGCGGCUGCGGUGCGAGAUCUUCCGGCGCGGCGUGCCCAUCCCGGGCAAGGUCUUCGAGGUGCUCAACGAGAUCGUCGUGGACCGCGGCGCCAGCCCCUACCUCUGCAAGAUCGAGUGCUACGAGCGCAACCGCCUCAUCACCAAGGUGCAAGCGGACGGCGUGCUGCUGGCGACCCCGACGGGCAGCACGGCCUACUCGGUGGCGGCGGGCGGCUCCAUGGUGCACCCCAACGUCCCCUGCAUCCUCUUCACGCCCAUCUGCCCGCACUCCCUCUCCUUCCGCCCCGUCAUCCUGCCAGACUCCGCAGAGAUCGAGCUGCGGGUCCCCGCUGAUGCCCGCAACACGGCGUGGGUGUGCUUCGACGGCAAGAAGCGGCAGCAGCUGAUGCGGGGGGACAGCGUGCGCAUCCGCAUGAGCGAGCACCCUAUGCCCACGGUGAACAAGUACGACCAGACGGACGACUGGUUCCGCAGCCUGGUACGCUGCCUAAAUUGGAACGAGCGGCUCGAACAGAAGGCCUUCUCCCUGCCAAAUCUGGGCGGCGGGUAUGAGGACGAGUACUAGGGACUUGUACACAUGUGUUGACCG